AUGCUUGAAGUAGAAAGUGAUCUAUUUCCUCGAGGGUCUGGAAAAACUGAUAUUACAUUUAAUAAGAAGCCUACUAAACGUAAAGCUUCUAAGUUAUUUACUUCGAUUCCUGGAUCUCUCUUUGGUCACAAGGAAAAUGUGAAGCCGAAAUUGGGUAAUAAAAGGAAAAAAAACUCUUCUUCUCCUGGUUUCAAAGUUACUAAGAAAAAGUCUAAUAGCAAACUUGAAACCGUUAAAUUUUUUUCGUACAAGAUAGUCGCUGGUUGUAUCUGCAGUGUUGAAGAUCACGGUUAUCUUGUUAAUAUUGGUAUCGGCGAAGUUAAGGCCUUCUUGCACCGAAAUGAAUUGCUGCCUUUGGGAAAAAAUUUUCGGCCAGGCGAAGUUAUUAUUGCUGUUAUCAAAGACUACUCUUCUAAUGUUGUGCAUUUGACUCCUUUUGAAAACGCGACUUCUUCCUUGUGUUCUCCCAGCAAAAGGGACAUUGUUAAAAUUGACUCGGUCAUGCCAGGGUUACUAGUGAGUUGCAUAGUCAAACGCCACCUGAAGAACGGUUUUGCCGUAAAUUUUCUUAACGGCCUUGAAGGAGUUGUUGAUUGGUUCCACCUGCCUUCCGUGGUUUCGCACCAUAAGGAAAUGUGUGACUUGUACCCUCUCAACAGUACCCUCAAGCUAAGGAUACUUCACUGUGAUAAGCGAGCCAAAAAAGUCUAUCUUAGCGGCCUCUCUCACGUCCUAGAACUGCGGAUGCCGAACUUUGACGGGAUUUGCGUAGGGGAUUUCCAGCGCAGUGUAUCCGUUCACCGUGUUGAUAGGGAAAUGGGGCUUCUGGUGAAACUGUCGGACCGUCUCUCCGGCUAUGUCCAUCUCUACAGAAUUUCUGAUGAAAAAUUGACUUCUCUAACCAAAAAACAAUAUCAAGUAAAUACUAAAGUGGAUGCAAGAGUGGUUGCCCUUAACUACCUGGAAGGCUACGUCUGUCUCUCCAUGCAGCCUUCAGUGAUGUCUGCUCCCUUUCUGCAUCUGCAGAGCGUCGAGAUUGGCUCUUAUCUAACUGGGACUGUGGAAGGAUUUAAAGAGAAAGGCGUGGUUGUGUGGGUCACUAAUAAAAUAAGAGGGAUAAUCCCCAACGACCAUCUUUCCGACACCUCGUUGACCGAUCCCGCAAGAAGAUUUCCGAAAUGCAGUAAAGUGAAGUGCAGAGUUUUAAGCCUUGAUGUAUCAAAACAGAAGCUUUUAUUGACUGCCAAAAGGACUCUUCUGACCUCCAAGUAUCCGCUUAUUAGCAGCCUGACAGGAGCAAAGAGAGGAUUGAUCAGUCACGGCGUCGUAAGCAAAGUCCUCGCUACCGGAAGAAUGGUGUCCUUCUAUAACAACGUCAAAGGGUAUCUGAGCCUGGAAGAUAUCCGCUCCAGUGACGUCGACCCGUCUGAGCUGUCCGUCGGGAGAGUAGUGUGCUGCACGGUCGUUCACUGUAAUAUGACCAGCGGGCGUAUCUCACUUUCCUUAAACACGUCUCAAGAAAGGCAUCCGCCCGACUUUGUCGCCUUUGCCAGUAUCAAACCGGGAGACUUGGUCACCUGCGUUGUGCACUCGCGUUCAAAAAGAGGUUUGCGUGUGCGCAUGGAGCCGUCGAACGUCCUUCAGGUUAUUGAAACUGCUCACCUGUCCGACCAUUACUCGAUUUGUGAGCCGCUUUUGGAAGCUUAUUCGCGCCACGGAACGAUACUUGAGAAUGUGUUGGUGCUUUCGGUUAGUAAAAGGAAGGCAUUACUGUCAUUGAAAAAAAGUUUCAAAGCUAACUUUUCGUUGGAUGAAAAAGAACUUCAUCCUGGCCAAUGUUAUUACGGUUUCAUUCAGAAGAUAGUAGAGUAUGGCUGCUAUGUGCGCCUUUGUUGCGCACAAUCUUGCGGUUUUGUCACGCUGACCAACAUGGCGGAAAGGUACAUAAGCAAGACUGAGGAGAUCUUCAAACUUGGCCAAACCGUUUUGGCGACGGUCCUCUCGAAUAACGGCGGGAAACUCCACCUCACUCUCAAAAGCAAACCGGUGGAAGACGACAGGGUGAGGGGCUUCUUCAUGGCCACGUACAUCGAGGACAAAGCCGUUUUGGAAAGUCGCGUGUGUGCCCUGCUCCCGAUCUCUUCACUACUUAUCGUCGAAAAGGCGUUGGCCCGCAAGCCACUCGAUGGAGUUGUUAAGGCGGUUGAGAGCUACGGCGUGACUGUGAAGUUUUCCGACGAUAUUACUGGUUUUGCCACGCCGGAGCAUUGCCCGUCCGGUCUCACUGUGGGCUCUAGAGUGCAAGGCGCCCCCCUCGACGUGGAUAUGGCCACUUUGGUUAUCGACGUGAGUCUGAGGGCCGAUGUAGUGGGGCCCCUUUGCUCCCCGCCCACCGAAUCUAUUGGUCAGGAACACCUCUCUUUCUCGGUUCUCCUUGUCAAGAGUUUCUAUCUGCUUUGCCUAGCCCGAGACAACCUUCUAGUGGUCCCCGUGGCCUCCUUCAACACCGUUAGCGAGAAGGAAAGUAUCCGCUUCGUGUCGUCAUAG